AUGAAGCGGCGAGUGGCCCUGCUACGCUCCCUCGACCGACCCACCGAAGCGAUCGCUGCCCUGAUCCAACUACUAGAUGCCCUGCCCACCGAUGCGGAAGCCUGGUGUGAACUGGCCGAUCUAUACCAAUCCCAAGGACUGGGUUCUCAAGCAAUCUUCAGCUUGGAGGAAGCGUUGCUGAUUGCUCCCAACGCCUGGAAUGCAACUUCCCGAAUGCUCGAGAACGGACACGCGGAUGAACGCCCAUCGGACCCAACGGUCGCCCCCAAGAAAACGCUAGACCAGUUGAAAGGCUUUGGUCUCCAGCGGCUUGGAGAGAUCGUCGAGUCUCGAUCGGUCGAUGAUCAGCAUUGGGCAUCGAGUCGCAGUGAGCUGAUUGCGGCCAAAGAAUUGCUGAAUCGGUUUGCGUCUUCAUAG